CACUGAACUGUCCAAUGGUCAGUAGGAAGGUAGAGGUUGAGGUCUGCAUAUUAUUAACAUGUUAUUAUUGAAGGUGUUUAGAUAUUGAUCCUGUAUUUCGUGUUAGUUACAAACUCGCGUCUUGGACACCCAGUUUAAACUGUACUAUUGUAUACACAUAUACGUUAGGAAAAAUCGCGAAAAUGCCUAAAAGGAGGUCACCAGAAGAGGCCGAUGGUGCGGCAGUGAAAAAAGAGCCAACAAGAAGAUCCCAGAGGUUGUCGGCGAAAGUGUCCGAACCGACACCGGAGCCCAGGCCUAAGAAGGCCGCCGUCAAGAAGGCGGCGGACGACAAGAAGGGCAAGAAAGGAGGGAAGGGGAAAAAGGAGGAUAAGCCAGAGGACGUGCCAGCGGAGAACGGCGAAACCAAGACAGAGGAGAUCUGUGUAUCUCGUUCAUCUGUUAGCGUGUCAGCCUCAAGGAGUGCCCCACCCAGCUUGCUGUCAGUCAAAGGGCACACUGUGACUGUGAGAGUAAAGGGAAACUGAGGGAGCCGAGCCCGCAGCGGAGGGGAAGGAAUGAGCGGGACGUCUCACACACAAAACUUUCAGUUGGAUUUUAUGCACCUCUUGUACAAUGGGAAAGAAGGAUAUUUUUUAUCAAGUAUUUUGUAAAUGCUAAUUUUUUUAGACCCCCCCCCCCUCCCCCCCGUGGUAGUGGGAUUUAAACCAGUUGUACACUGUUCACACUCUCAUUCUUCGGUUAGCGCCUCUGUUCCUUAAAGCCUCCUCUUCACCUCUUCAGAACCCAGCACAAGGCGUGAGCGGUUUGUUUUAAACAUGGCCGACGGCAGCGGGCGGGGCGAGACGGUUUUGGGCCCGGCGAGUGCCGCAGGGUCACCAGCAACGCUAUCACGGCUCAUUUCCUCUGCAGCUCCGAUCUCCACAUCCUGCACGGCCCCUCGCACUCUGUCCUUAAUUUCGGGCAGAGAAUUUAAGCGGGUUUACGGGCUACGUCGUUUCUGUGUGCGCGAGAGUGUCAGCUCCGGAGAUUCUCAUGAGAAUUUUUGUAGCCGUUAUUUUCGAAAACGCGACAGGAAUUUAGACGAAUGACCCCCCCCCUGCCGCCGCCGCUGUGUAGAUUUUGUUUUACCUUUCCUGUAGAGCUUGUUGGGACUUGUGUAUGUUUUCAGACAAUUUUUUUAAAGAUUCUUAUUACUGUGACUAUUUUAAUCUUUAAGGCAGUUUUACAUAGCAAUAAUGAGUGGUGCUUUGUACUAAAAGUUUCUGUGGUUGGCAAAAGCAGUGCAGAUAGUUGUGAUCAUUCACCGCCUGUUUGGGAUUUACUUCCUGGAACUAUUUUAAGAAAAAAAUAAAAGAGAAACUUGUCUUGUUUGCAGUGUGAA